AGUGAUAGUCGUGUUUACAAGUUACCCGUAAGUUUUUAACGUCACGUCAAAAAAGUGCAACGCGAGUUCUACGAGCAUUUACUAUGUAAAGUGCUAAUCGUUAGGAAGGUCGCCAUUUUGUAUGAACAGGCCCGGUUGUACAAACGGCCCGACUUAAAAAAAAAAAAAAAAUAAUAAUUAAGUACACACCGAAAGUAUUUAAAUACUUGACAACGUAUGAGUUCAAUAAUCACCCGGUGUAUUUUAUCACAAUACCACAAUAUAAAUAAUUAUUAUUUAUUGUCUGAUUGUGUAUGUCUUUAAAUACGUCGGUAGACUACGCCACCAAGUUUUUUUUGUCAUUCUGUUCUGCUUCUGCUAGUGCUGCAAGACGACUGUGACUACGACAACGACGACCAAGACGACGUGACAUGGCAUUGUCUUUUUUAUCGUAACAGCCAAGAGGGAAGUCAAUCAUCUAAUCUAAUUUGGCUGUUGGCGUAACCGAAUCCUGGCACUUUUACAUACUUUACUUAUUCCAACGCUUUCUCAUUGUAACAAGUCUACAUACAUAUAUAUGUGUACAUAUGUACAUACUGAUACACACAUAUUUAUAUAUACAUAAUGUAGAGAUAGGUUAUUGAAACAAGGCCUCUAGGAUAUUAAAUAAAGGAAAAUAUAUAAUAUAGUAAUAUUUAAAAAAAGAUAUACUUAAUUAAAUGUCAGUGGAUGAGCUGAAUGGUUGCUGUUGAUGGUGUAGCAUUGUUGGGACGAAAAAUAAAAAUAAGAGCUGGAGUAACAGACCGGGAUAAUAAAAAAUGACAAUUGCUACGAGAGGUCAGGGGGUUGGCAUAGAUCCGCCAGAGAGCCAGCAAACUACACAGGUGGUACAAGUGGCACAGGUUGAACAAGAGGAUGCGCUAAAUCGUAGAAUGACUAAUACUGAAAUGGAACUGGAAGAUGCGACACGGAGACUUGCUAGAAAGAUGACUUUAUUUAAAUCACAACAACAGCCAUUAGAGAACUCAAAUUCGGAGCUUAACUUGACUGAAAAUGUUGUACAAACAGAGUCAACUACUAAUGAGACUGCGACAUCAACUGAUGAAAAUAAUCAGCUCAGAGUUGAGCCGGAUUUUCCGCACGCCAAGCUGGCGAUGUUGGAUGAAAAAAUAACAAGCUCACGUUGGGUUGUUCCUGUUUUGCCGGACCAAGAGCUCGAGUGUUUAUUGGAAGCCAGUAUAGAUUUGUGUAAAAAAGGGCUCGAUGUACACAGCGAGGCAUGCCAGCGCUUUUUUCGCGAGGGCUGUACAAUUUCCUUCACUAAAAUUCUCACCGAUGACGCCGUCAAUAGUUGGAAGCCUCACAUCCAUAAUUGCAUUAACGCAAAUUGCGAAAGAUUGAUUGAACUGUGUGUUCUAAAGCUGGAUCAAGAUUGGUUUCCACUUCUUGACUUACUUGCUAUGGUGUUUAAUCCGAACAAUAAAUUUCACACUUUCAAUGCAGCUAGAAUUUCCGAAUCCGUACCACCUGGCUCUAGUAAUAUUCCGGAUGAAGAACUUUACGCCCGACCACCACCCGAUCCAAGAAAUCCUCGUGGUUGGCUCGUUGAUCUUAUCAAUAGAUUUGGUAACUUGGGUGGUUUCGAUAUUUUAUUGUCAAGAUUUCAAAGCGGGCGUAAUCUCACUAUUCCUGUAAUAUACGCAUUGCUACGGCCAUUUGGUCUCUGUUAUGAACUGCUGACCGUUCAUACGAUAAUUAAAUAUCUAAUGCCCAUAACUGAUAUAGUGCCUGUAAUAUUGGACGAACUUACGGAUGAAGAGCUAAAAAAAGAAGCAAAAAACGAGUCUAAAAAUGACGCUAUUUCGGCCAUUAUAAAAGCCAUGAAAAAUUUAGUAUCACGUGUACCGCACCAAGAAGUUAUGAUAAGAAAUUUAGAAGUAUUAAGACUGAAAAUGAUUUUAAGACUUUUGCAAAUUUCAUCAUUUAACGGUAAAAUGAAUGCACUCAAUGAAGUUAAUAAAGUUAUAACAAGUGUUAGUUAUUAUCCGCAUCGUAAUCCAACGCUCGAGGACGAGGAGUGGUUAACCGCAGAGCGUAUGGCUAAGUGGAUAAAGGACAAUGACGUGUUGGAAAUAGUACUACGGGAUUCAUUGCACCAGCCUCAGUACGUCGAGAAGUUGGAGAAAAUUUUGCGAUUCAUUAUCAAGGAACGUACAUUGACACUUGAAGAUCUUGACGCCGUGUGGGCUGCGCAGGCAGGAAAGCACGAAGCAAUUGUUAAAAAUAUUCACGAUCUACUUGCUAAGCUAGCGUGGGACUUCAGUCCCGAGCAGCUGGACCACCUCUUCGAGUGUUUCCAAACAAGCUGGAAGACGGCGAAUAAAAAACAACGAGAAAAACUACUGGAGCUGAUACGCCGAUUGGCCGAAGAUGACAAAGACGGCGUAAUGGCACACAAAGUAUUGACUUUGUUUUGGAAUCUAGCCCACUCAGACGAAGUACCAACAGAAAUAAUGGACCAGGCAUUAAAUGCUCAUGUUAAAAUAUUAGAUUACUCGUGUUCGCAAGACCGCGAUGCGCAAAAAACAGUAUGGCUCGACAAGUGCGUCGAAGAAUUAAAGAGCGGCGACAAAUGGGCGCUACCGGCAUUGAAACAAAUACGUGAAAUUUGUACUUUGUACGAACCAAAUCCAAAUAUGGGAAGUAAUCAACGCAGUCAUCACGUUUAUUAUCGCCAAGAAGUUAUUGAUCGUCUGCAAAAUCAACACAGUGUUGUCAUACUUGUGACAAAUAGUUUAACAAAUUAUAUGGAUAAAGUUAGACAGCUUGUCAAAGACAAUCCUGACAUCGACGCUAUGACAUUUAUGCCCGACGGACGGUAUAAUCACAUUAUUCAAGUACAGGAGAGACUUAAUUUUUUACGUUUCUUACUUAAAGACGGGCAGCUGUGGCUCUGCGCUGAGCAGGCGAAACAAAUUUGGCAGUGUCUGGCCGAACAAGCCGUGUUCGUGUCUGACAGAGAAGCCUGUUUCAAAUGGUUCUCAAAAUUGAUGGGCGAAGAACCAGAUCUUGACCCAGCGAUAAACAAAGAUUUUUUUGAAAACAAUAUUCUGCAGCUUGAUCCAACUUUACUGACCGAAAGCGGUAUCAAAUGCUACGAACGUUUCUUCAAAGCUGUUAAUUCUAAAGAAGGAAGAUUGAAGACCAAGCGCCGCACGUAUUUGAUGGACGACGUUGAUUUAAUCGGUAGCGAUUACUUGUGGCGAGUUGUCACAAAUAGUCCGGAAGAAAUAGCGUGUCGGGGUAUUGAACUUCUGAAGGAAGUAAACACAAAUUUAGGACCAAAGUUACAGUCAACUGUACUGAGUUUCCAUGAAACUUUUAUUGCUGAAUGUAUGGAUAGACUAAAAGCUCACUAUGACACUGUGUCCAUUUUAACGGGAGAUUGCGCUGAUGAUAAAAAUAAAACUAAGGAUGAAAAAGAGUACAACAAAAUAACAAUGGAGGCAUUGAAAAUGUGUCGUGUUAUGAGAGUACUGCAAGAAUAUAUCAAUGAAUGUGAUACAGCAUUUCCAGUUGAACGUAAAAUAUUGCCACUGCAUCGUGCUGCUCGUGGUAAACAUUUGUCAUUGAUAAUACGUUUUAUAAGUCCUGGUAGGAAUAUCGAUGACAUUGAUGUUUACACACACAGCAAUGAUACUUUGGCAUCAUUGAGACGUCAAAUAUUGCGGCGAAUAAAAGCAAACGGUACAAAUGUUAAAUUAGAUUUGUAUAUCAACGGGGAAUCGUUGGAUCAAGCUGACGAUCGUAAGUUACUGUCACAGAUACCUCUGAGAGAUAAAAUGUUGCUGUCGGCAAAGCUGAGCCAAAUGCACAGCAACAUUCCCAGCUCGCCGGACAGCAGCUCCGACAGCUCGACAAGUUCUCCGCAUCAUCCUUACGACGGUCCUAAUCUUGAAGCGGAGAACAGUUUGCCGGGGGUUGUCAUGUCUCAGCGCCCGCACUACGUCACAUUUUUCUUUCAACUCGCCGACCUGGGUUGUACUCUCAAGCAUUCUCAGCUUCGUGACGCAGCUCGCAAUCUUCUGCAACUGGUCCCGCCAGACACACUGACAGUAGCGCGGCUGCAGUGGCUCUUCGGUCAUUAUAAAGAAGAAGAGGGAACUGUUAACCAGCACUGCAACGAACAAAACACCAGUGUCGAUACUCUGUUCUUUGCAGCGAGUCCUAAUCAAGUUCUGUACAAUCUUGAGGUACUCUACACGUUAUUGAUGCCAGCAUUAGAUCCCACAUCCGAAAAGGCCUUUGAAUUUCAGUAUAAUUUUAUAAAAAGUGGAGAAGCUGGGGUUAUACUAGACAUGCUGACGAAAAAUAAAUUUUUACCUAACGCUGAUGAGACAACAAAACGCUCGGCGUAUUUAACUGUUUUAAAAUUAUGUAAAUUAUUAUUGACUGUUGUGGGUAAUGUUGUGGCAUUUGUGUUAGACGACAUGCAGCAAUCAGACAAUCAUGAUACUCAUUACCACAAUAACCGUGGUUUUAUUGUCAUUUUAAAGCAGGCAUUGCAGAAUGUACCCAAUCAAAACACCGAAUACAUGUUGCGCAGUGUUGCUACCAAGUUGACCCAACAUCUGGUCAAUCAAAUGCCACCAGGUGGUACUGAGUCUGACCGUUGCUGUCAAAUGUUCAUGCAGGCGGUUAAUUUUGAAUUACCAGACAUGGCGACAAUUCGUGCCAUAAUAAAAAUAGCCUGGGCAGCGUCAACUGGUAAUUUAAAUAACGUUGAUGCAUCAACAGAAGUACUUCAUACGAUGCACGAAGCUAAUCAAAGAGAACCACGUCCAAUAGAAGCCACUGACAUCUUAGUGUGUAAAGAAGCACUUGAAGUACUGACAAUAGCUCUAGUUCUAAAUCCAACUGCCUUGACAAAUUUAACACGUGACAAAAUGUGGCACACAUUUUUAACAGACCUCGUGCUGGUGAGCACGUCCAGGAUAGUGAGAAUGGCCGCUGCUGAACAAUUUUUACUUAUCUCCACGUACUGCAGCAAUAAUCAGUCAUUUCAAUUGAACUUGAUGAUUUUAUUUAGCGUUCUUAAUUCAACCGUUACCGAAAACGCACGUCAGAGUCAAGAAUACUUUCAACUUUUGUGCAGACUACUUAAUUAUGCUCACAUCUCGUCCUGUCCAUUGCCCUCUGCCGAGGCUCUGCUCAACAUCGAGAUCGCCUGGUUGAAAAAAGUGCGCGAUAAUGUUAUCGAGACCGGCGAGACUCAAGUCGAGGACGCGCUUCUCGAGGGUCACCUGAGUUUCACAAAAGAACUUCUGGCUUUUUUACCGAGCUCUAAAAAAUACGAGCUUGGCUCUGAUGAAAAACGCGGGGGUACUUUGAUAAAGGAGCUGGUUAAUGAUUUUAUUUUUCCCGCCUCACGUUUAAUGCUGCAGUUACGCAGCACCGGAGAAUUGUCAUCCCCCCAAGCGAGUCCUGUGUGCACGACACCGCAGUCAACCAGCGCGGCGUUUGAUCUUCUCGUUGGUUUGUGUGUAGGUUGUGUCCCUAAUAUGAAACUUCUAGUCACAAUGCUAACAGAUAUGUUUUAUUCGGAGCGAGACGAGCCACUUGAAGAGUGGGAUUACUUACCACCGGUUGGACCACGACCACUGAAGGGUUUCGUCGGUUUAAAAAAUGCCGGGGCCACUUGUUACAUGAAUUCUGUUUUGCAGCAGCUGUAUAUGGUCGAGAGUAUUAGGGUUGGGCUGCUGACAGCCGAAGGAGCUGCCACUGAUUUGAAUGAAGACUUCUCGGGUGAGGAACGUGUCGAUGGUGAACAGACUAUCGAAGCGAGUGAUAAUGACACUAAUGAAGAAAAGUGCGGCGUCGAUGAGUCGCGUAAAGAAUACAACAUUGGUAUUUUGAAACAGGUACAAGCAAUAUUCGGACACUUGGCGUACAGCAAGUUGCAGUACUACAUACCUCGUGGUUUGUGGAAACAUUUUAAGUUACAAGGUGAACCGGUUAAUUUAAGAGAGCAACAGGAUGCCGUUGAAUUUUUUAUGAGCUUAGUCGAGAGUCUGGACGAAGCUCUGAAGGCUCUGGGCCACGAACAAAUAAUGGGAAAAAUUCUCGGUGGGUCUUACAGUGAUCAGAAAAUAUGCAAAGGUUGUCCUCACAGGUAUUCAAAAGAGGAACCUUUCAGUGUUAUUAGUGUAGAUAUUCGCAACCACAGCAACCUGCUCGAUUCUUUAGAGCAGUAUGUCAAGGGCGAGCUUUUGGAAGGAGCGGAUGCCUAUCACUGCGACAAGUGCAACAAAAAAGUUGUUACUGUAAAACGUCUGUGUGUUAAAAAACUCCCGCCUGUGUUGGCUAUUCAACUGAAACGUUUUGAAUACGAUUUUGAACGAGUCUGUGCAAUUAAAUUUAACGAUUACUUUGAAUUCCCGAGGGAUUUAGACAUGGAGCCUUACACUGUUAGCGGGCUUGCUAAACUCGAAGGGGAAGUUAUUGACUGUGAUUACGAGGAAAUUAACAAAGGGACUUGUACAAAGUAUCAGCUUACUGGUAUUGUUGUUCACAGUGGUCAGGCUAGCGGUGGUCACUAUUAUUCUUAUAUUUUACACAGACAAAAUGACGGUACUGCCAAGUGGUAUAAAUUUGAUGAUGGAGAUGUAAUUGAAUGUAAAAUGGAAGAGGAAGAGGAAAUGAAAACCCAGUGCUUUGGUGGUGACUAUAUGGGUGAAGUGUUUGAUCAAAUGUUAAAACGUAUGAAUUUCCGUCGUCAGAAAAGGUGGUGGAAUGCGUACAUGCUUUUCUAUACGAGAUUAGACGUUGAAGAAAAUUCUCUUAUGAAAAGUUUUAAUGAACUUUCAUUAUAUACUAAAUUGGGAGUAAUGGAAAUGCCACCGGCAAUAGAACACAGUGUCCGUAAACAAAAUAUUAAAUUUAUGCAUAAUAGAAAUCAAUUUAGUGCUGAAUAUUUUCAAUUUAUCAGAAAAUUAGUAUCGUGUAAUGCACCGCAUACAUUAAACCGACAGAAUCUCAAUGACAAAAUACCCGCGGAAGCUGAAGAACUGUCAAUGCUGUCAGUGCAAUUGGCGUCAAGAUUUUUAUUUUACACCGGUUUCCAUACAAAGAAAACGUUACGAGGUACUGCUACUGACUGGUACGACAUACUGAGUCAUCAUUUACGUUGCAGCAAAACAGUAAGGUCUUGGUUUGCUCACAACGUGCUCUUCAAUCAUCCUCACAGAUUCUGUGAAUAUUUACUGAGCUGUCAAACUACCGAAGUACGAACAGCAUUUAUGAAAAUAUUAGUAUUUCUCGCGCACUAUUCUCUGCAUGACGGACCAUGUGUACCACCGAGUCUCAACGCGCCUUCAAUUCUUCUCGACCCAACAGCAACACUGAGCGAUCAUUUAUUGCACGCGGUAUUGUCACUUCUUCAUCGCGAAAUAUCUGAUCACGGGCGACACUUGCCCCAUUAUUUUUCUCUGUUUCACUCGUACGCAAAUCUCGGGUUGGAAGAAAAAGCUCAACUACUAAAACUCAACGUGCCAGUGACGUUUAUGUUGGUCGCGAUUGACGAAGGACCAGGACCGACAAUUAAAUAUCAGUAUCCUGAGUUGACGAAACUUCAUCAGGUAGUCAGUAUGUUGAUACGUUGCUGUGACAUAUCAUCAAGAUGUCAGUCAAGUAUGGCUCCAUCAGGAGUUCCAGUUCUACCAAAUCCUUACGGUGACCCGACGUGCCAACCCGACUACCUGAUGCCUAUCCAACCUCAGGCUGUUGACAUUCUUUUCAUACGUACAAGUUACAUGAAAAAAUUAAUUGAAGAUGCGAAUGUCACUGAAGAUACAUUGAAAUUAUUGCAGUAUUGCUGUUGGGAAAACCCACAUCUGUCACGGACUGUCCUCAGUGAACUACUUUGGCAAAUUGGGUUCGCGUAUACCCAUGAACUGAGACAUCACAUGGAUCUUUUACUGUCGAUGUUACUAAUGGAAGACUCGUGGCAAACCCAUCGUAUACAUAACGCACUCAAGGGUGUACCGGACGAGAGAGAGGGAUUGUUUGAGACAAUAAUAAAGAGUAAGAACCAUUACCAAAAACGCGCGUAUCAGUGUAUCAAAUGUAUGGUACAAUUAUUUAGCAAAUGUCGACCUGCUCAUCAGUUACUGUACCACAGUCCUGAAUUGAAGAGAAAGUGGAACCAUGCUAUCGACUGGUUACAAGAUGAAUUAGAAAAGCGACCUUACACUUCCGCGCCACCGUACACUCAUGCGUACAACAAUUGGUCACCGCCGACGCAAUCAAAUGAAUCGACAAAUGGAUACUUUUUGGAACGCAGUAACAGUGCUAAAAAAACGUUAGAGCGUGCCUUUGAACUUUGUCCAGAAGAAGAGCCUGAAGUUGAAGAAGUUAAUGAGGAAUAUUAUAAGCGCGGCAGUAAUUCACAACAAUGGGGACCUGGAUCUGAACGGUAUGCUGGUCAACCGGAUGUUACAGGAACUCAACAAAUGCAAGAAGAAAGUGAACAACAGCAGCAACAGCAACAACAACAACAACAACAACCACAAGAAAAACAACAACCAACACCAUCACCUGUUCAUAUACCUCACGUGAGUCAAGUACCGAACUCUCAAAACCCAGAGUCACCGCAAAACAAUAGUCAGGAUCCAUAAUGAACGUUGGUGUCAAACAAUCGGACUGCACGCGAAGACGAUGACGUUUUAUUAAUUAAUGAAUUUUUCGCGGAAGCCGGUUGAUAAAAGUUUAAAUCUCAACUCAAUCGACACUACAAUUGUACAGCUGGAGUAAAAAGAUAAUUUUUUUUUUUUAUUUUUAUUUGUUACUGGACGCGCAUGUUAUAUUUUUAACGUUAUAUCACGUCAACUGUGUCGUCACCGGUCACUUGUAGUUUUUAACUUAAAAAAAAAAUUUAAUAAAUAAAAAAAAAAAUAAAAAAAUGAUGAAAAGCAAAAAAAAAAAUGAACUAAUUAAUUAUUUAAUAAAAAUAAUGAUAAGAAGCUGGAGAAAAAAGUGAAUAAAAUAUUACUUAGAUGUGACCGGGAAAACGAUCGAGUUGUACAAAUGUAUAGCGAAAAAUAGUGAUUUAUGGUGGGAUCCAGUCUCUUAUCAAUUAGGAAAUCGUAAGCGAUGGCAAUUUUACCGUAAUUAUUA